AUGUUCUUCUCACUCGCCUCCAUUGCUCUCCUCGCUGUCUCUGUUGCCGCUCAAGGAGGUUUCCCUCAGUGCGCCAUUCAGUGCUUGGACCCCACGCAAUCCGUCAACGGAUGUGGCCCAACUGACAACGCGUGUCUUUGCAACGACACUGCGUUCAUCAGCAGCACAACCGCGUGUAUCGACACCAACUGCGAGGGUGACGAUGUAGCGAAUGCCCAGGCUGCAGCCAGGUCACUGUGCGCUGCCGUGGGCGUCACAUUGACUUCAACACCGGCGUCUGAGCCAACGUCAUCGUCUUCGUCUGUCACAGCUCCAUCGUCGGGGUCAUCAACGGUUUCGGGCUCUAGCUCUGCUCCCACGUCCACCGCUCCUGCCUCGUCUACCGGCAGUGCUACGACUUCACCUGCCCCAGCGCAAACAUCCAAUGCCGCCUCAUUCAACGGCGUCAACUCCUUCGCCGGCAUCGCUGCUUUGGGCCUUGCCGCUCUUGCUCUGUAA